AUGGACAACUAAUUAUUAAUUAAGAAAUAAUGGUUAAUAAAAUCAAGACCAGAGAGAAUUGAGGAUAUUUAUGAAUCUGAUAAGAAAGUAAAGCAAUAAAUAAAUAUAAUUAGGAAUUGGGUUCUGGUGCUUAUGGAAGAGUAUUUAAGGCUAAACAUAAGGAUUUGGGAUUUGAAAGGGCAAUAAAAAUGAUUCCAAAAAAGAUGAUUGCAAGUCCAGAUAGAUUUAAGAGAGAAAUAGAAAUAAUGCAAAACUUAGUAUUAGAUUAUAGAAUUCAAAUAGGAUCAUCCAAAUNUUGUACAUGAAAUGAUAACUUUAGUAUUACUUAAAAAUAAAAAUAAUAGUAAAGAAAUCAUAAUCAAUAGAUUCAAAACCUAAUUAUAUCUGAAGAAGGAAAUAGGAUAAGAUCAAUCGAACUUAGCAGUGUUAUUAAUGGGAAACUUAAAGCCUAGAAUUUGA